AUGGCUGUUAGAAGAGCUUGUUUGAGCGCUUUGGAGGGGAGGAUAGCGGGCGCAAGAGGUGCAUCGUCGAGUCCUCAGAGGUUCGCCAGCAAUUGGACGGCAUCGGCAUGUCAGAAGUCUCUACACACACCAAUGAUGGCAUCGUCCCUUCUAUCACAAUCGAGUGUCAUCAAAGCAACAAGCCCGUCAUGGCUCAGGAACCGCCGCCAAUUCUCCUCGUCUCCCACAUCCCGCCACGGUCACCUAGACCCACCCCGACCGGGUGAAGAACGCAAGGUAACCUUUAUAGACAAAGAUGGCCACGCCACGACAUUCGAGGUAGCCGACGGCGACAACCUUCUCGACAUCGCCCAAGCCAACGACAUAGAGAUGGAAGGCGCGUGUGGCGGAUCCUGCGCCUGCUCAACGUGCCAUGUCAUAGUAGCAGACGAAGCUUACUACGACAAGAUGGAGGAGCCAGAUGACGACGAGAACGACAUGCUGGAUCUGGCGUUUGGUCUUACUGAGACCAGUCGCCUGGGGUGCCAGGUCAAGAUGAGCAAAGAGCUUGAUGGCUUGGUCGUGCGGUUACCGAGCAUGACGAGGAACCUGCAGGCUAGCGAUUUCGACAGCAAAUGA